UUUCUGUCGAGAACGCACGUGGAUGCAUUUGCGAUUAUCCGGUUCGGCGUGCGGACUUUGCGAUACUCAAUUUUGUUUAGAAUAUGUUAGUCUAUGAAAUAAAAUUUAAGUUGAAAACAGUCGUUUAGCGGAGUUCUACGGUUUAAAGAUGGGGAAAUUAAGAAAGCCAAAAAUCAGUAAAGUCAAGAGAAACAACCAGACGAAGACGAAGCUUUCGAAGCAAGGGAAGCUUAAGACUCGACGGCACAAACCAAAGAAACAAGCUCAGAAAUCAGCGCCACCGCGUCCGGAAAAAGCAGAGGAGGAAGAAGAGAGCGAUCAUGGAAGCGAUGUGAUGGAUAUGAUUGACGAGGAUGACUUAAAUUUCCUAAAUAAUGCCAUAUCCAACAAGUCCUACAACUUAUUCAAACAGAUUCGAUUGAACAAAACAGACGAAGGCCCGAGCGAGAGAAAAAAGCAAAAGGUUGAAAGUAGUCAACCGCUGGAGGAACUGUACGAGAAUAAUGUCACAAAAAUUGUGGAAGAGACCGGGGGGAAGUCAGUUCGCAUGUUGCUUCCCAUAAAAACGCAAAACGGUUUUAUAGAGAAGCGUGUCAUCGAGGAAGACGGCGAGACUUCGAACGAACAUGGGGACGAAGGUAACAAGAGCCGGGAAGAGAGCGAGGAGGAAGAUAAAGAGGGAAAUAGCGACACGGAAAUGGACACGCAUAACGACUUGCAAGUUACUGGCAAACCAGUGUCUACCGUCGAGCUUGUCGCGUGUCGCGAGGAAAUACUGAGAUCCAAGCGUUUCAAGAUAGGCAUACUUUCGAGCGGCAUAUUAGAAAACCCGGAACUCAAAUCCGGAAAUUUCAAGGUACUGCUGGACAUGAUGGACGAGAGAGCUUCGGAAGUUUACAUAACGAUCAGGAAACUGGCGAUGGUGUCUCUUUUAGAGAUCUUCAAGGAUUUGCUACCAUCGUACAGUAUUCUGCAGGUUUCGCCGGACGGGGUAAAAUUGAAGAAAGAGACUCUCGCGCUGCAGAAUUAUGAAGCUACCUUGUUGAGGAGUUACAAAAGCUAUCUGCAGAAGCUCGAGAAGAUAUCGAAGGUUUUGCGGCGAAAGAAAGGGAACACGCAGUCGGUGAACGAGCGAGGGAUGCAACUGGGCGAGACGGCUGUGUCGUGCAUGUGCGAGCUUCUCGUCAUUCAUCCGUACUUUAACUUCGCCGCUAAUAUAGCCAAUUACAUCCUUCCCUUGUUGGAUAACAAGCGGAACAGCGUGAGAGAAAGAGUCGCGCGAUGUUUCUCUCAAAUAUUCAAAGAGGACAAACGUGGCCAGCUGUCUCUCACGAUAGUUCGAAAAUUGAAUCAGUAUAUCAAGUCGAGGAAACACUCUGUACGUUCUGAGGUAAUAGCAGUGUUGCUGGCUCUGCGCAUCAAAGACGUCAAUCUGGACAAGGAAAAGGAGGACGAGACGAAGCAGAAGAAGCUCAUGUCCCAUAAGCAGAGGGUACUCGCGUUGAGCAGACGGGAGAGGAAGAAGAGCAAGAAGCUGGAGCAAGUGGAGAAGGAAAUGCUCGAGACGAAGGCCGAGGAAAAUAAACAGGCGAAACAUAAGACUCUCACGGAAAUAAUGAGCAUAGUUUUUACUAUAUAUUUCCGAAUUCUGAAGCAAGCUCCCAAUAGUAAAGUGUUAUCCGUGUGUCUGGAGGGAUUGGCCAAAUUUGCGCACUGCAUCAAUAUAGAUUUCUACCAAGAUUUAGUAAGCGCCAUAGAUAAAUUAAUAGAGGAAGGUAAUUUGGGACUGAGAGAACAACUGCACUGCGUUCAGUGUAUAUUUACAAUAUUAUCCGGGCAGGCUGCAGCGUUGAAUAUCGAUCCGUACAAAUUUUACGUGCAUUUGUACAAAAACAUAUUGAAAGUCCACUGCGGGAGGACGCACUCGGAGACGGAGACCGUGCUGCAGACGUUGCUGCAGAUUCUCAUUCAUCAGCGCAGGAGGAUCACGCAGACGCGUAUGAUAGCCUUCGUGAAGAGGAUCACCACCCUGGCCCUGCAGUCGCAGCACAACGCGACGCUGGGUACCCUCGGUAUCGUGAAGCAGGUGAUGCAGCUCGGGAAAGCGGCUCAUGUUUUACUGGACACCGACUGCGCCGGCGACGGUCAUUACCAGGUCGAGAUCGAGGAGCCCGAUUAUUGCAACGCUCACUGCACCGCGUUGUACGAGCUCGUUGCUUUGCAGCGUCACUAUCACAGCGUAGUGCGGCAACUCGCUAAAAAUAUAGCGUACACCACACCUACGAGCGGUGAGGGCAGCUUGACCACUGAAAUCGCGAAGCUAUCGCCAGAUGAGCUCUACGCGGAGUAUGAUCCUGCGGGUGUAGCGUUCAGGCCUGCUGUGCCUGUUCCAAAGAAGAUUGCCGUUAAAAGAGCACCGAUUAAUUACAGCAUGAGCCCGAAACUCGAGGAAUACGUUAAUACCGUUGACAUUGACAACGUGUUUGCUGAUGGACAUGUAGACUUUUACGAAGCCUGUAAAAGUAAUUUGUAACACGUAAUAAAGGAUGGGAUGUACAUAAAGAA